AUGGUUUCUGCAGCAGAUACAGUCACAGAGACUGCAGCGUCCAAGUCAACAACAGUCCAACCAAGCACUUCAGCAAGUUCAGGCUUUUACCAUGCAAGGCACCGACUCUUCCACGGGACAGGCAAGACAACUGCAACUACAACUUUCUCCUCCACGGGCUCAAGUACACAGGCCAGCACUACUUCAGCUGCCACCACAGGGACCACUGGCGUUUCAUCUGCGGCAUCCACAACCUCCGCCCAAGUCACAGAGACGUCCAAGCCAUCCACAGUCCAACCAAGCACUUCAGCAAGCUCUGAGAAGCCCAGUUCUGCACCAGUAAGCACUGGCUCUCAAACAACUGGCAAGGAAACAGCAAGUACAGCUUUCGCCUCCACGGGGUCAACUGCACAGUCCAGCACUGCUUCAGCUGCCACCACAGGGACCACUGGCGUUUCAUCUGCGGCAUCCACAACCUCCCUUUGUUCCUCCACGGGCUCAACUGCACAGUCCAGCACUGCUUCAGCUGCCACCACGGGGACUACUGGCGUUUCAUCUGCGGCAUCCACAACCUCCUCCCAAGUCCCAAGUCACCAUCCACAGUCCAACCAAGCACUUCGCAAGCCAAGUCAACAACAGUCCAACAUCAAGCCACCAUGGUUCAGCAAGUUCAAGCUUUUUGCCUCGGCGGGGUCAACUGCACAGUCCAGCACUGUUUCAGCUGCCACCACAGGGACCACUGGCGUUUCAUCUGCGGCAUCCACAACCUCCGCCCAAAUCACAGAGACGUCCAAGCCAUCCACAGUCCAACCAAGCACUUCAGCAAGCUCUGAGAAGCCCAGUUCUGCACCAGUAAGCACUGGCUCUCAAACAACUGGCAAGGAAACAGCAAGUACUGCUUUCGCCUCCACGGGAUCAACUGCACAGUCCAGCACUGCUUUAGCUGCCACCACGGGGACCACUGGAUUUUCAUCUGGGGCAUCCACAACCUCCGCCCAAGUCACAGAGACGUCCAAGUCAACAACAGUCCAACCAAGCACUUCAGCAAGUUCUGAGGAGCCCAGCUCGGCGCCAGUAAGCACUGGCACUCAAACAACUGGCAAGGAAACAGCAAGUACAGCUUUCGUCUCCACGGGCUCAAGUGCACAGUCCAGCACUGCUUCAGCUGCCACCAUGGGGACAACUGGCAUUUCAUCUGCGCCAGCCACAACCUCCGCCCAAGUCACAGAGACGUCCAAGCCAUCCACAGUGCAACCAAGCACUUCAGCAAGCUCUGAGAAGCCCAGUUCAGCGCCGAUAAGCACUCAGACAUCUGGCUCGCCCUCCACCCUGGUGACGAUGACCACGCAAGAGGUCGCUUCUUCCACGCAAACGACAGGCAAGACAGCUGCAACUACAGCUUUUGCCUCCACGGUGUCAACUGCACAGUCCAGCACUGCAUCAGCUGCCACCACAGGGACCACUGGCGUUUCAUCAAGCUCUGAGAAUCCCAGCUCAACACCGAUAAGCACUCAGACAUCUGGCUCGCCCUCCACCCCAGUGACGACAGCCACAGACUCUUCCACUCAGACAACUGGCAAGGAAACUGCAAGUACAGCUUUCGCCUCCACAAGCUCAACUGCAAAGGCCAGCACUAGUUCAGUUGCCACCACAGGGACCACUGAUUAUUCAUCUGCACCAACCACAACCUCCGCCCAACUCACAGAGACGUCCAAGCCAUCCACAGUCCAACCAAGCACUUCAGCAAGCUCUGAGAAGCCCAGCUCAGCGCCGAUAAGCACUCAGACAUCUGGCUCAAGCACUCAGACAUCUGGCUUUUUGCCUCCUCCACCCUGGUGCCACGAUGACCCCACAAGAGGUCAGCCACAACCUCUUCACAGAGACGACAGGCAAGACAACUGCAAGUACAGUUUUUUGGCUCUCAAACAACUGCCUCGGCCAGGGUCAACUGCACAGUCCAGCACUGCUUCAGCUGCCACCGCGGGGACCACUGGCGUUUCAUCUGCGGCAUCCACAACCUCCGCCCAAGUCACAGAGACGUCCAAGUCAACAACAGUCCAACCAAGCACUUCAGCAAGUUCUGAGGAGCCCAACUCGGCGCCAGUAAGCACUGGCACUCAAACAACUGGCAAGGAAACAGCAAGUACAGCUUUCGUCUCCACAAGCUCAAAUGCACAGGCCAGCACUAGUUCAGUUGCCACCACAGGGACCACUGGCAUUUCAUCUGCAGCUGCCACAACCUCCGCCCAACUAACAGAGACGUCCAAGCCAUCCACAGUCCAACCAAGCACUUCAGCAAGCUCUGAGAAUCCCAGCUCAGCGCCCAUAAGCACUCAGACAUCUGGCUCGCCCUCCACCCCAGUGACGACAGCCAUGCAAGGCACUGACUCUUCCACUCAGACAACUGGCAAGGAAACCGCAAGUACAGCUUUCGCCUCCACAAGCUUAACUGCACAGGCCAGCACUAGUUCAGUUGCCACCACAGGGAUCACUGGCAUUUCAUCUACAGCAGCCACAACCUCCGCCCAACUCACAGAGACGUCCAAGCCAUCCACAGUCCAACCAAGCACUUCAGCAAUCUCUGAGAAGCCCAGCUCAGCGCCCAUAAGCACUCAGACAUCUGGCUCGCCCUCCACCCUGGUGACGAUGACCACGCAAGAGGUCGCUUCUUCCACACAAACGACAGGCAAGACAGUUGCAACUACAGCUUUUGCCUCGACGGGGUCAACUGCACAGUCCAGCAUUCCUUCAGCUGCCACCACAGGGACCACUGGCGUUUCAUCUGAGGCAUACACAACCUCCGCCCAAGUCACAGAGAUGUCCAAGUCAACAACAGUUCAACCAAGCACUUCAGCAAGUUCUGAGGAGCCCAGCUCGGCGCCAGAAAGCACUGACACUCAAACAACUGGCAAGGAAACAGCAAGUACAGCUUUUGUCUCCACAGGCUCAAGUGCACAGUCUAGCACUGCUUCAGCUGCCACCAUGGGGACAACUGGCAUUUCAUCUGCGCCAGCCACAACCUCCGCCCAAGUCACAGAGACGUCCAAGCCAUCCACAGUGCAACCAAGCACUUCAGCAAGCUCUGAGAAGCCCAGCUCAGCGCCGAUAAGCACUCAGACAUCUGGCUCGCCCUCCACCCUGGUGACGAUGACCACGCAAGAGGUCCCUUCUUCCACGCAAACGACAGGCAAGACAGCUGCAACUACAGCUUUUGCCUCCACGGGGUCAACUGCACAGUCCAGCACUGCUUCAGCUGCCACCACAGGGACCACUGGCGUUUCAUCAAGCUCUGAGAAUCCCAGCUCAACACCGAUAAGCACUCAGACAUCUGGCUCGCCCUCCACCCCAGUGACGACAGCCAUGCAAGGCACAGACUCUUCCACUCAGACAACUGGCAAGGAAACUGCAAGUACAGCUUUCGCCUCCACAAGCUCAACUGCACAGGCCAGCACUAGUUCAGUUGCCACCACAGGGACCACUGAUAUUUCAUCUGCAGCAGCCACAACCUCCGCCCAACUCACAGAGACGUCCAAGCCAUCCACAGUCCAACCAAGCACUUCAGCAAGCUCUGAGGAGCCCAGCUCGGCGCCAGUAAGCACUGGCACUCAAACAACUGGCAAGGAAACCGCAAGUACAGCUUUUACCUCGACGGGGUCAACUGCACAGUCCAGCACUACUUCAGCUGCCACCACGGGGACCACUGGCGUUUCAUCUGCGGCAUCCACAACCUCCGACCAAAUCACAGAGACGUCCAAGCCAUCCACAGUCCAACCAAGCACUUCAGAAAGCUCUGAGAAGCCCAGUUCUGCACCAGUAAGCACUGGCUCUCAAACAACUGGCAAGGAAACAGCAAGUACAGCUUUCGCCUCCACGGGGUCAACUGCACAGUCCAGCACUGCUUCAGCUGCCACCACGGGGACUACUGGCGUUUCAUCUGCGGCAUCCACAACCUCCGCCCAAGUCACAGAGACGUCCAAGUCAACAACAGUCCAACCAAGCACUUCAGCAAGUUCAGCUUUUACCUCGACGGGGUCAACUGCACAGUCCAGCACUACUUCAGCUGCCACCACAGGGACCACUGGCGUUUCAUCUGCGGCAUCCACAACCUCCGCCCAAGUCACAGAGACGUCCAAGCCAUCCACAGUCCAACCAAGCACUUCAGCAAGCUCUGAGAAGCCCAGUUCUGCACCAGUAAGCACUGGCUCUCAAACAACUGGCAGGGAAACAGCAAGUACUGCUUUCGCCUCCACGGGGUCAACUGCACAGUCCAGCACUGUUUCAGCUGCCACCACGGGCACCACUGGCAUUUCAUCUGCGGCAGCCACAACCUCCGACCAAAUCACAGAGACGUCCAAGCCAUCCACAGUCCAACCAAGCACUUCAGAAAGCUCUGAGAAGCCCAGUUCUGCACCAGUAAGCACUGGCUCUCAAACAACUGGCAGGGAAACAGCAAGUACAGCUUUCGCCUCCACGGGGUCAACUGCACAGUCCAGCACUGCUUCAGCUGCCACCACGGGGACUACUGGCGUUUCAUCUGCGGCAUCCACAACCUCCGCCCAAGUCACAGAGACGUCCAAGUCAACAACAGUCCAACCAAGCACUUCAGCAAGUUCAGCUUUUACCUCGACGGGGUCAACUGCACAGUCCAGCACUACUUCAGCUGCCACCACAGGGACCACUGGCGUUUCAUCUGCGGCAUCCACAACCUCCGCCCAAGUCACAGAGACGUCCAAGCCAUCCACAGUCCAACCAAGCACUUCAGCAAGCUCUGAGAAGCCCAGUUCUGCACCAGUAAGCACUGGCUCUCAAACAACUGGCAAGGAAACAGCAAGUACUGCUUUCGCCUCCACGGGAUCAACUGCACAGUCCAGCACUGCUUUAGCUGCCACCACGGGGACCACUGGAUUUUCAUCUGGGGCAUCCACAACCUCCGCCCAAGUCACAGAGACGUCCAAGUCAACAACAGUCCAACCAAGCACUUCAGCAAGUUCUGAGGAGCCCAGCUCGGCGCCAGUAAGCACUGGCACUCAAACAACUGGCAAGGAAACAGCAAGUACAGCUUUCGUCUCCACGGGCUCAAGUGCACAGUCCAGCACUGCUUCAGCUGCCACCAUGGGGACAACUGGCAUUUCAUCUGCGCCAGCCACAACCUCCGCCCAAGUCACAGAGACGUCCAAGCCAUCCACAGUCCAACCAAGCACUUCAGCAAGCUCUGAGAAGCCCAGUUCAGCGCCGAUAAGCACUCAGACAUCUGGCUCGCCCUCCACCCUGGUGAUGAUGACCACGCAAGAGGUCGCUUCUUCCAGUCAGCGACAGAGACGUCCCAAGCCAUCCACAGUCCAACCAAGCACUUCAGCAAGCUCUGAGAAGCCCAGCUCACACCAGAAACAGCAAGUACAGCUUUCAGCCUCCACAAGGUCAACUGCACAGUCCAGCACUAGUUCAGCUGCCACCACAGGGACCACUGGCGUUUCAUCUGCACCAUCCACAACCUCCGCCCAACUCACAGAGACGUCCAAGCCAUCCACAGUCCAACCAAGCACUUCAUUUUUUGCCUCGGGGUCAACUGCACAGUCCAGCACUGCUUCAGCUGCCACCGCGGGGACCACUGGCGUUUCAUCUGCGGCAUCCACAACCUCCGCCCAAGUCACAGAGACGUCCAAGUCAACAACAGUCCAACCAAGCACUUCAGCAAGUUCAGCUUUUACCUCGACGGGGUCAACUGCACAGUCCAGCACUACUUCAGCUGCCACCACAGGGACCACUGGCGUUUCAUCUGCGGCAUCCACAACCUCCGCCCAAGUCACAGAGACGUCCAAGCCAUCCACAGUCCAACCAAGCACUUCAGCAAGCUCUGAGAAGCCCAGUUCUGCACCAGUAAGCACUGGCUCUCAAACAACUGGCAAGGAAACAGCAAGUACUGCUUUCGCCUCCACGGGAUCAACUGCACAGUCCAGCACUGCUUUAGCUGCCACCACGGGGACCACUGGAUUUUCAUCUGGGGCAUCCACAACCUCCGCCCAAGUCACAGAGACGUCCCAAGUCAACAACAGUCCAACCAAGCACUUCAGCAAGUUCUGA